AUGGAGAACCAAGGUUGGGGAAGUCUCACCUCGGGGCAGUGCCCGGAUUCCAUGGCCCCCCCACGCAGGGCCCCAGACGGGGGCUGGGGGUGGAUGGUGGUCCUGGCAGCCUUCCUGCAGACAGCCCUGGUCUUUGGGGUGAUCCGCUCCUGGGGGGUCUUCUUCGUGGAGUUUGUGGCCUAUUUUGGGGGGUCUUCCAGCGCCGUCUCCUGGGUCCUGUCCCUCGGGGUCACCGUCCUGCAGUUUGCAAGCCCGGUGGGGAGCGCUCUGAGUGGCCGCUUUGGGGCACGCCCGGUGGUGAUGGUCGGUGGCCUCCUCUCCGGACUGGGCUUGCUCCUGGCUUCGUUCUCCGCCAGCCUGGCUCACCUUUACCUGAGCGUGGGCCUGCUCACAGGGCUAGGCUGGGCCCUGGUGUUCACCCCUUCCAUGGCUGCCGUCUCUCAUUACUUCGAGAAGCGACGGACGCUGGCCACGGGCCUGGCUGUUUCGGGAGCAGGCGUCUCUUCCCUGGUCUUCUCCCCGCUCUUCCAGUACCUGGUGGAUUUGUACGGCUGGCGAGGUGCACUCCGGAUGGUGGCCGGGCUGUCUUUGAACCUCGUGGUCUCUGGCGCUCUGCUGCGGCCUUUGGAAGGAGCACAUACCCACACAGACAAGGCCGUGGUGAGCUCGAGCUGGCUGGGGACACUAAGCUCCCUCUUGGGCCUGGAGCUGCUACACCAUGGACCCUUCAUGUGUUACAUCUUGGUUUUGAUCCUGGUGGAUGCUGGAUACUUUGUCCCUUACGCACACCUGGUGGCCCACGCCAGAGAGGUGGGAUGUGAUGAAUACCAGGCAGCUUUCCUUAUGGCGGCUGCUGCUGUCGCAGACAUGUGUGGCCGGAUUUUUGCGGGCGGGCUGGCUGAUUCUGGGGCCUGGGGCCGCCCCCUCCACCACCUGACCCUCUGGACAGUGCUCACUGGGCUCUCUCUUGCCCUGAUCCCUCUGGGCUGCAACUACACCUCCCGGAUGGCGUUGGGCAUCUGCUACGGGCUCUUUGCUGGAGCUGUGGUCCCUCUGCAGUUCACCAGCCUGGUGGAGAUUGUGGGCCCUGGAUACAUGCUUGAGGCCAUCGGACUAAUGCACAUGCUGGAGAGCAUAGGGGCUUUGCUGGGGACCCCCCUUUCAGGUUGGCUGAGGGACAUCACGGGGAAUUUCACGGCUUCCUUCAUCACAGCUGGUGCAUUCCUCCUGGCUGGUGGCUUGAUCCUUGGCAUGUUACCAAACUCCUUCUCCCGCUCCAGGCCACCAGAAGCCACAGAGGAGAACUCACAAGAACCUCAAGACUGCCAGGCUUUGGAACUAAGGAGGGUCCCCCUCCCAAAAAACCCGGAGACCUUUAUCAUCAUGCGACAGAAACUGGUUGCCUGACCUCAUGUUGUAACCUGGUGGGCAAGAGGAGGGGGGGCAUUUCCCUCCUAUAUUUGCUGGGCAAAGUAAAUGGGGAGUCCUCCAUGCAACCAGCUUUGCCAUCACUGGACAGAAGCAAGGACCCCGCCACCUGAGUUGCUGGACCAGCAGAUUGUUGUUUCUCUGUGUUUGUCAGACAGAACUGGUGAAAAGGUUGGCAGCCAGGAGGCGGGGAAGGAAGCCGCUACACGCUCCAGAGAGCCUUUGGUUUCCCACAGAGGUGUGUGUGUGAGGCUGACACUGGACACGACUGGGAGCCGUCCGGCUGCGCUGACACGAACUUCUGAAGACCCGCUCUGAAUUCUGCAGUGAGAACAGAAGCGAACCCAUGUCGGGGUUUGUUCAACAGAACCCGGGGGGGGGGGGGCGUACCGAUAUCUCCCGGCCCCGGCCAGCCCUCGCCCAGUCUCUUUUUCCCGUGUGUCUUACUCUUUCCCUGCAGCAGCAGCAGCAGCAGCAGCAGCAAAGUGGGCCAAUACCGCCGCCGCCGCCUCCUGCUCCUCCUCGCCUCCUGCCUCUCAGCGUGGCUGCUCCGCGCCGGCCGCGCGCUGACUGUGCAGACUGCCUCCCUGAAACCGAGAGCGUGCCCACUGAGUGACGUCAGGCGGCGGCAGCGAGAAGGAGUGUUGGAGCUGUGAAGCGGAGCUGGGGGGGCUGCAGAAAAGCCUGGCGUGUCCCCCUGGUGUGGCUGAGAGACUGACUCACAAGCAGGCAGGCAGGGAGUCAAUGCAGGUCCGAUGAGGCAUCAUGUUUCUAAAUCACUGCAUAACGGACUAUUAGAAGAGGACGGCCAGCAGCAAGGCAGAUGGACUCGAUGGUGACAGCCAUGAAUGCACCACGGAGAGACCUUCAAGGCCAAGUUGAAGACUGAACGUCCUGGAGAGAAUCUAUCUCUGUGGUCGCUAAGAGUCAACAUGGACUCCAUUCCAUUCCAUCUUAGGCACCAGAAUAUUUGAGGCUAUUACCUUAUAUUUUUAGUGGUGGUGCGGAAUGAGGAAACGGGAAGUGUUUCAUUCAACCAGCAGGACCUGAGUCGAGAAGGCAGAGUGGCACAGGUGGGGCCAGAGUGGAGCCUGCAGAAGAGGGAAAGGCCGGUCAAAGGAGAGCUGGCUUCUCUUGCACAAACGGUUGCCUGCUUUCGGUGGGGAUGACGAUCUGAGCUCCAGGUCCAAGGAGCCAUAAAGCAAUCUCAGAUGCCAAUCGCUCCGGGAGCGUGUUUUGACGUCUGGUUUUGGAAUUCGCACCUACCGUCUCUCAGUACUUUCCUGAUACGUGAACUUUUGACUGGUGGGCCAGAAACUCUGCAGCGUUGGGGUGGGGCUCAGUGUGCACUUUUUUCUGCCCCGUUUCUUUAAGCACCAAUACGAGGGCUGACUGCUGUGCUCAUCGAGCCUUUCUUGACCGUUUGAAGCUGCCUGAAACAACCUACAACUCCCACAAUCCCCAGCCAUAGUGGCCAAUAGCCAGGGAUCAUGGGAGUUGUAGGCCAACAUCUGCUGGGGGGCCAACGAUGAGCAGGCCUGUAGUUUUAACAGCACUCCUACAAUUCUCAGGGUUACUUUAUGGAAAUCAUAACUUAAAAAUCACAUAAAUUUAUAGGGUUGGUAAGGUAAAGCGUGCCGUUGAGUCGGAGUCAACUCCUGGCGCCCACAGAGUCCUGUGUCUUUCUUUGGUAGAAUACAGGAGGGGUUUACCAUGGCCUCCUCCCGCGCAGUAUGAGAUGAUGCCUUUCAGCAUCUUCCUAUAUCACUGCUGCCCGAUAUAGGAGUUUCCCAUAGUCUGGGAAACAUUCUAGCAGGGAUUCGAACCGGCAACCUCUGGCUUGCUAGUCAAGUCAUUUCCCUGCUGUACCAUUAGUUGGGUGGCUAGUGUUGGUACACUCUAUCAUACUGGAACAUAUCAAAAACAGAAUCUCACCCACUCUUUCCUCUGGUGGAAUUCUGCUGUCGCAAGCAUCUACAACCCAAGAACGCAACUGAAUAAUUCACUCAAGGACAUAGAUUCAUCUAUGUAUAAUUUGGUAUCACAAGACGGGGGAAAGGCUACAGAGUUGGGGGCUUUUUAACUUAGAAAAAAGAAAAGGGGACAUGAUAGAGGUUCAUAAAAUUAUGCAUAGUGUGGAAAGAGAGCCCUUUCUCCCUCCCUCUCUCGCAGCACUAGCGCCAGGAAGUUUUUCACACCCGGCUUUUAGUUCCUCUAUUCCUCUGGAAUGGAGCGGGGUGCAUUCACAUAUUGGCCAAAUUUACCCCAAAGUCUCUUCAGGCUAUCGGAGAGCACUUCGCACACAAUUCGGGUUUUUAACUACACGUUGGAGUGUAGCCCGAUUUAUAUCUGGGGUUUAAAAAAUCCACUUUUUGUGUUGUUGUUUUUUGGCAACUUUGAACUCGCACUAAACCAAUGGUAAAGCCUGCUGUCUGGGGAUGCUCCAGGGGACAUCCCAUGAAACUAAUUAGCAGGAAGUUUACGAAUGACAGAAGUAUAUUUUUACAUAGAGCAUAACUAAUCUAUGGAACUCUCUGCCACAGGAUGUGGUGAUGGCCUCAGCUUGGAUAGCUUUUAGUGCGGCUUAGACAAAUUCGUGGAAUACAGGGCUCUGAGUGGCUGCUAGUCUUGGUGGCUAUGGGCUACUUCGAGGUUCAGAAGAAGGAGGCCUCUGCAUGCCAGUUGUCGGGGAGCCACAGCGGGGGGGGGCACACCAUCUCUUGCCUGUGGGCUUCCCAGGGGCAUCCAGUGGGGCAUUGUGGGAAACUGGAGGCUGAACUAGAUGAAGCCAACAUUCCGUCUGAUCCAACAGGGCUCUUCUUCUGUUCAGGUCAAAGGAAUGUACCGGGCACUGCAGGAACCUUUUCAUAUCUCUGAACAGUGGCGAGU